GUAUCUACUAAGUCGUAUGGCCAUUGGGAACGAUGCGGAACAUUCCGUAAGGAUGGUCCAGAGCAACAAAUGUAGUUUAUAUAUGAUGAGCUCCUCCACCCCGGUUGCGUCGGCUGUUUCUUUCGUGCUUACAACUUCUCAUCCGUCCGAAGCGUAGCUUUUGUCCAGUAUCGCCGUUCAUUCUUCCGACAUGGCUACCAACGAAGCCCUCAAUGCAGCCACGAAUGGUUACACCAAUGGGCACGCGGACACCGAGCGUCACCCCAAGGAGAAGGAAGACGUCGCGACUGCACGGCCUACGGUCCAGAUAUUCCUGCAGCCCAUCGCGCCUCCUGCGGCGCUGGGCCUCGCUGGGUUCGCGGGAUCCACAUUCAUCACUUCUGCCUGGAUCUGCGCAUGGUAUGGCAACGCCCACUCGCCGACGAUCUUCUUUCCCUUUAUCGGCAUUUUUGGUGGUGUGGCGCAGUUCAUUGCUGGGCUGUUCGGGUUUAAAGCCAGAGAUACGUUGGUGACUGUAAUCAACACCAUGUGGGGAAGCUUCUGGAUCGCGAUUGGUAUCCUUUACGCCUUCGUCCCGGCCGGCAUCGUGCCGCCGCAUUCAAUCUACACGCACUUCCCCGAGCUGGCGGUUUGGUUUGUGCCGUUGACUCUGUUCACCUGGUCUGGCGCAAUCGCCGCGACAGCGCGGGAUCUCGUUCUCAGCGCAUGCCUGUUCAGUCUGGCCAUCGGCUGUACGAUCGCUUGCGGCCUCUUUGCUUACGGUGAGGGAGUGAGGUCAGUGAUCAAAGCGGCUGCAUACUUCUGGAUGUUUUCGUCACUGUGUGCGUGGUGGCGCGUUACUGUCUACCUGAUUGAGGAGGCGUAUGGACCGAACCAUUUCAUCACGAAAUUCUUCCCGAUAUGUCGCACGCCCAUCGAAAAGGCUGGUCCAUCCGUGAGUUCUGGGUACGGAGAGCCGGGUGUGAAGAGGGGUGUCCCUAGGCCAGAAGAAAGGUGAAUUACAUGCACAAGAAGUUGCCUGCACGUUCCAGGCAUGCCGAGUGCAAAGCAUCUGAAGCGAUCGAUGAGUGAGCAGUCAUGAUACCCAGUGCGAAAAGAGGAUGUAAUAAGUUUGAUAAGUGGUUCCCCGUGGUAGAGCAAGUACCUACAUGUAAUCAGUCAGCCUUUGGAGGUCACAUCAAUGAUUGCCAUCAAGUAUUCAGUAUUCCGUGCCCGUGUGAUGAGAGUCAGAGGGCUGUAGCUACAACAUUGAGCUGGAGUACUGGAUCAAAGGGUCCUUGAGCUUUGCAGUCACAUGAUUUAUCGGAAUAAAGUGAAUUGCAGCGGCGACUCGGCCCGUGCCGCACCCCCGCCGAUAACUUAAAC